AUGCCUCCGAUCUACACACUCAAUCAUGGCGACGCCGACAAGGAACGGCAGCGCCUUGACUUCCAACAUUGCAUAUUCAAGACUCUUACUCGCGGUGAUCUUCCAACCGUCAUUUGGCAGCAUCUCAAGUCCCUCCCAGCCCCCAAGGUCGCCGACGCGAACACUGGGACUGGCAUAUAUCUUAAGGAGCUCGCCCCAAGGCUUCCCAAGGAAGCACAGCUGGACGGCUUCGACAUUGAUACGCGUAAAUUUCAUGACCCCUCUUCUUUGCCAGCCAAUGUCAAACUACAAUAUGGCAACGUGCUGGAGCCUUUUACGAAAGAGUAUCUGGGAACAUAUGACUUGGUACAUGUCAAGUUGCUCUAUGCAGCGUUGAAGAAGGAUGAGUGGCUGCAAGCUGUGAAGAACCUAAAGACCCUACUUAAACCGGAUGGGUUCCUGUUCUGGUCCGAGAUAGGAGCCUACGGGUAUGCCAGUAACCCAUACUCAGCCGCCCUCCAUGAUUGGAAGAGGAUUGAGUCUGCAGCCGCUGUCAAAUUCGGGCGUGAUCCGAAGUAA